CAAUCUUGUAUGCACAUGAUGACUUGAGUGUGCUGUUUGUUGUGUAAGUCUUGUCAAUAAUUGACAAAUCUCGUACUAGUUGUAGGGCGUUGUGUUCCGUUUAAGUUGCUGUCGCAAAAGGAAUGAUUUCCCCUAAUCAGCGAUUCAAUUGAUGCUAGUCCUUAAGUUUGCCAGGUUGUACUAUAAAACCCCCAAAACGAAGGAAUAGCCGAGAGAAAAAGCAGCCGGGAGCAGCUAGCAAUAGCCGUAGCACUCACUGGCAGCAGGUCCCAAGCACUGCCAAGCUAUCCAAGUCAGCUACUGCCGACCCACCGCCCCGGUACCGGUUUUCUGAAGGAGUAGAUCCCAACACGUGUCCAAGAUGAUGACAGCUGUCAAAAGCGUGUUUACCAGUAGCCAUCUCCAGAUGCCGGAGUAUGAGCCAGUCAAAACAUAUGAGAAAGGGUAUGAAGAGCGGAAGUAUGCCCCAUCCCGUUGGGUAUCGACCUCCCUUGACCUUAUGACAUCAGAGGAAGCAACGAUCUCCAAGAAGGAGCGACGGGAAUCAUUUUUCAAGCUUUUCAAUUAUAUUUCGGGAGAAAAUGAAGGCAGUCAGAAGAUAGAGAUGACAGCCCCGGUAGCAAGACAGUAUAUUCCAGGACAAGGACCAGCGUGUGAGACUAAAUACACAAUGUCAUUCUUUGUUCCAAGAGAGUUUACAGAGAAUACACCUAAACCAAAAGCUCCUGAUGUAACUAUCACCAACCUACCACAAAUGACUGUCUUUGUCAAGAAGUUUAGUGGGUUUGCCGAUGACGAUAAGUACCUGGAGGAGAUGAAAAGGUUUGUUUCAAUCCUAGAAGAAGAUGGCCAUCAGGUUAAGGAUGAUGUGUACUACUUUGCUGGAUAUGACAGUCCUUUCAAGCUUCUUAAUCGUAGGAAUGAGGUCUGGCUGGUCAAAGACUGCGAGGACGGUCAACUGUCACAUCAAGUCGUCCCUAAUGCUUCAUCAGGUGGAGACCCAGCUGAAAAGCUAGAGACAAGUGGAGGAGAAGAACAGUCUCACAUAGAGAAUCCAGCUGGAGCAGAAGCUGGAGCAGUAGGUGGUGCAGAGGCAGCAGGACCUGCCUCUGAAGAUCAGACCUUUAAUGCAAAUCCAAAUGAAGUAGGUAUGGACUAAUGA